AUGGCCUUCAAGGGCCUCAGGUCCGGCAAACCGACCAAGUCAGAGGCCGAGGACUCGUCGGAAGAGCUAUCCCUGUUGAAAGAGUCCCUGUCUAAUCCAGGACGGCGACGAUCUUAUGAGUCGGAAGACGGCGAAAUCGAGGAAGCAGGGCACUCGAGUUUCUUGCCGACUACCACUUCAACCCAUCGGCGACAUCAGUUCAAGUUCAAGCGCCCCGCCAAAAAGUCACCGACAAUCUUGAUCCUCACCUGCUUGGUCAUCCUAUCAGUCACUCUCAUCAUCUGCUUCUAUCUCGGCUUCGUCCCUUCAUUCGACGUCGAGCAGCCAUCCAAUCCAAUCAACUGGAAUCGCCCUCCUCCCAGGAAUCGACAAUGGUCGAACUACUACGGACUAAUCCGGCCCAAGAUAGGCUCCCAGGAAUGGAAGCUGCUCUACCCACCUUCCAAACCAGCCGGACCUCAGCCACUCGCAAGCUGGGUCAAACGAUACGAUUAUCUUCGAUCGAUCUCUUCGUCGAACAAACCUGAUUCGCCCCUCUCCACCACCUGGACUAAUCCCCAAGCUAAACUGUCGAUGCAGAGCGGCCUGGCUGAGUAUCCAGACGGGACGGUCUUCAACGCCGAUCCCAACGGGAUUUGUAGCUAUCGUCGAGCCAGUUGUCUGAGAGGCGAACACGAAGAUCGCGGGCUCGGCUUGCAAGACAUUUGGCUGGGCAAGAAUCAUACCUGGUCGAUCAACUUUGACGAUGGUCCGCUCCCUCCGAGUACAUCACUCUACCAAUUCCUAGACCAACAAGAUGCGACAGCUACUCACUUCUGGGUAGGAUCAAAUGUCCGUGAUCAUCCAGAGCUAGCAUUGCAAGCUUGGAAACGCGGAGACCACCUGGCCGUUCAUACAUGGACGCAUGCUCACCUUACCACGUUGAGUGAUCUUCAAAUCCUGGGCGAAUUGGGAUGGACGAUUCAGAUCAUUCACGAUCUGACUGGGCUGAUCCCAUUGUACUAUCGACCACCCUACGGCGAUGUUGAUAACCGCGUGAGAGCGCUUGCAAAGCAUGUAUUCGGGUUAACAACGACACUGUGGAACUGUGAUUCAUCAGAUUGGUCCUUAAACCAGACCUUUGCCUUGGGAGACUUUUUAGACCCCCCCAUGAACGGCUUCGGAGUUAAGGAAUCAGUCGGAAUGAUCAAUGGUCAUAUCAAUCAACCCGAUAAGUCGGUCGGUAAAAUCAUCCUCGAACAUGAGCUCAGCUUCGAAUCCGUCGAGGCUUUCAAACUCACUUUCCCGAAUCUCAAACGGAACUCUUGGUCGACUUGCAACCUUGCCGAUUGUUUAGAUCUACCAUGGUAUCAAUGA